CUUCCUUCCUUUCUAGGGCAGCUGCACAGCCAUUGUUGCGCUCAGUGCGACCUGCAGAUUCAUAAAACUUGAAAACCCCGCCUACUUGACAGCCAGCGUCUGUUUACGAAAAGUCACGGGAACAAGCAUGGAGCGAAAGGCACCUCACAGAAAAUGUCACACCGCGCUGCCAACAGGGGGAACAGCCACACUUCACACAGACACAACUACGCUCCUCACAAUGUAGUCUGGCGCGUUUGGGUGCUAUCUGGACGCCUGCUGACAUCCACAGCUUGAUACGUGAUUUGGAGCUUCUAGUUUUGUGUGCAGCGGGACUUGGAACCGCGCGUACCACCACCACCAUCACCGCCACCAUCGCAACUGGGAGUAUUUCUGCCUCUGUAUUAUCACCCACACCGACUUAAAACAAUGGCGAGGCGUAAAAAAGGCGCAACCUACUGAAUUGUUGCGCUUCCACCCGAGCCUGGACUACACAGGAACCAUCUCCCUCCCCAGGCUUUACUGCGAUACAACAGGGAACCACGCAGCGCACUCGGAGCGACAUGGAGAGCCCGACCGAGAACCCGACCAGGGCUGUGGAAUAUUUGAAGGAGCUUAACAAGAUCAUCGAGACCCAGCAGGAGUUACUGGAGAGGCAGAGGGGAAGGAUAGAGGAGCUGGAGCAGCAAGUGUCCGACUUGUGCACGGAGAACGCCUGUCUGAAGGAUCAGUACCAGCGGCACCUGGCAACCUGCAGGCUGCUGCAGGGCAGCAACAGCCUGGUCUCACUGGGAGCCAUAAAGGAACAUAUCACACAGGAAAAGUCUGAAUGUGACUCGUCCAGAAUGGUGAGGAGACAUGCCUCCCUUCCUAUCGAAGUCACAGAGAAUCCUGGGAGGUUAGUGUCUGCGGGCUGCAGAAGAGUCAUCCCCUGCCGCAAAUGGAAGUCAGCUUCCUUUGGUGUGGAAGGGGAUGGAAGGCCUAAUGAGAGCGGCCCUUCCCUGGAUGGUGGAGCCGGCUAUGGCCAAGGCCCGGUGACUCACGGCUCGGCCAUCAGCCCUGACCGAUUCGACAGCCCGCUCUACAGCCACGGGGUUCAGCCCGGGCCUCAGAGACCCCGUCGGCCCAAGCUUCAGCACUCGCAGUCCAUCCUCCGUAAGCAGGCCGAGGAGGAGGCCAUCAAGCGGUCCCGCUCGCUCUCUGAGAGCUAUGAGCUCUCCGCUGACCUCCAGGACAAACAGGUGGAGAUGCUGGAGCGCAAAUAUGGUGGACGAUUCAUAACCCGGCAUGCAGCGCGCACCAUCCAGACAGCCUUCCGCCAGUAUCAGAUGAACAAAAACUUUGAACGUCUCCGGAGCUCCAUGUCUGAGAACCGCAUGUCCAGACGCAUUGUUCUGUCCAACAUGAGGAUGCAGCUCUCGUUUGAGGGCCCUGAGAAACUGCACAGCUCCUACUUUGAAGGAAGACAGGUGUCCAUGACGGAGGACGGCACCCCGCUGUCCAUGGUGCAGUCUGAAUGUGGAGAUAUAGAGGUCCACCAACAGGCCAACAUGGCAUCUCACCCAACCCCGCAGGGUGACCUGACAGAUGCCAUCACAGAGCUGGAGGACGCCUUUUCCAGGCAGGUUAAAUCUCUGGCUGAGUCGAUAGAUGAUGCACUGAACUGUCGCAGCCUUCAGGGGGACGAGGGUCCUGACCCUGAGUCCAUGGGCUGUGCUAAGGCGGAGAGGGAGGUGCCCUAUCAGGUGAAGUCCCACCGCAGGGCAGCUGGACGAAUGCACGAUGAAACGUUGGCAUCCUAUAGUGAUGUCACUCUGUUCAUCGAUGAGGAGGACAUGUCCCCCUCUAUGGCUCUGUCGAGGUCAGGGGACCAGCCCUCCAGCACAGAAUCCGACUUGCGGUUGCGGUCAGUCAACUCCUCCCAGGACUACUGGCCUAUUGACCCUAAAGAUGAGGGUCGUGACACAGACACGAGCUGCCGCAGCACUCCUUCUCUAGAGUGCCAAGAGCAGCGUCUUAGAAUGGACCAUCUUCCUUUGUUGACCAUAGAACCUCCUAGUGACAGCUCUGCAGAGCUAAGUGACCGCUCUGAGCGUAGCUCUGUCAAACGGCCGCCUGUGUAUGAACCGCAUGGCCACAUCGUAACGUCAUCUCAGGCGAGCCCUAAACACAUUUCGCAUGGACCCCCACCGCGAGCUUCCUCCCGUGACGAUGACGCACCUCUGCGCCACCGCCACCGUCAGCUAGAGAGCCACUUAGCCAUCAACGGCUCGGCCAACAGACAGAGCAAGUCCGAAUCUGACUUCUCAGAUGGGGACAACGACAGCAUCAAUAGCACAUCCAACUCUAACGACACCAUCAACUGCAGCUCGGAGUCCUCGUCGAGAGACAGCCUGCGGGAGCAGACGCUCAGCAAGCAGACUUACCACAAAGAGACUCGCAACAGCUGGGACUCGCCCAUCUUCAGUAAUGAUGUUAUUCGCAAGAGACACUACCGCAUCGGCCUGAAUCUCUUCAACAAGAAGCCAGAGAAGGGCAUCCAGUACCUGACUGAGAGGGGAUUCAUCCCUGACACACCGGUUGGUGUGGCUCACUUCCUGCUGCAGAGGAAGGGGCUGAGCCGGCAGAUGAUUGGAGAAUUCCUCGGCAAUCGACAAAAGCAGUUCAACAGAGAUGUCUUGGACUGUGUGGUGGAUGAAAUGGACUUCCAGGGCAUGGAGCUGGACGAGGCUCUCAGGAAAUUUCAGAACCACAUCCGUGUUCAGGGUGAAGCCCAGAAGGUGGAGCGGCUCAUUGAAGCCUUCAGCCAGCGCUACUGCAUCUGUAACCCUACAGUGGUGCGGCAGUUCAGGAACCCUGACACCAUCUUCAUCCUGGCGUUCGCCAUCAUCCUCCUCAACACUGACAUGUACAGCCCCAACGUCAAACCCGAGAGGAAGAUGAAGCUGGAGGACUUUAUCAAGAAUUUAAGAGGUGUGGAUGACGGGGAGGACAUCCCUCGGGAGACUCUGGUCGGCAUCUACGAGAGGAUCCGUAAGCGAGAGCUCAAGACCAAUGAAGACCACGUCUCACAGGUGCAGAAGGUUGAGAAGCUCAUUGUGGGAAAGAAACCAAUUGGAUCACUCCACCACGGCCUGGGAUGUGUGCUGUCGCUGCCCCAUCGCCGGCUGGUGUGUUACUGCCGUCUGUUUGAAGUGCCAGAUCCCAACAAGCUGCAGAAGCUGGGUCUGCAUCAGCGGGAGAUCUUCCUGUUCAACGACCUCCUUGUGGUAACUAAGAUCUUCCAGAAAAAGAAGAACUCUGUGACGUACAGCUUCAGACAGUCCUUCUCUCUGUACGGGAUGCAAGUCAUGCUGUUUGAAAAUCAGUAUUACCCAAAUGGAAUCAGACUUACAUCAGCGAUACCAGGUGCAGACAUCAAAGUCCUCAUCAACUUUAAUGCGCCCAACCCCCAGGACCGCAAGAAGUUCACAGACGACCUACGAGAGUCCAUUGCCGAGGUCCAGGAAAUGGAGAAAUACAGAAUAGAGUCCGAGCUGGAGAAGCAGAAGGGGGUGGUGAGGCCCAGCAUGUCCCAGAGCUCCGGUCUGAAGAAGGAAGCUGGCAACGGGAACAUGAACCGCGCCAGUCUGGAUGACACCUACGCCAUGGGCGAGGGCCUGAAGAGGAGCGCCCUCAGCAGCUCCCUGCGAGACCUCUCCGAAGCAGGCAAGCGGGGGCGUCGCAGCAGUGCAGGAUCACUAGACAGCAAUAUGGAAGGGUCCAUCAUUAGCAGUCCACACACACGCCGGAGAGCCACCACGCCACGUGAGGGUGCACCCCGCGGCCAUCCCCCCAUCCCUAACUCAGCAUCCACUUCCAUCCUUGGGUCGCUCUUUGGCAGCAAGCGAGGCAAACCGUCAUCCCAGGGCCACUCCCCUUUCCCCGCACCCGGCCAGCCCACCCUCAUAUCCCACAAGCCCCACCCAACCAACCUGCACCACACAGCACAAGCAGUACACCCAGUGCCACACCACGGCCACCACACCCAGUACUGCCAAGUCCCGCAGAACCCGCCACCGUACCACCACCACCACCACUACCACCCGCCUCCCCACACGCAGUACCACCAGCACCCGGGCUACGGCUCGCACGCACACCAACACCCCCACUCGCAGCACAGCCAUUACAGCCAGCAUCCCCAUCACGCCUCACACUCCCAGCAUGCCCCUCACCACCACAGUCAGCAAGCGGGUUCGGCGCCUGGCGGACCCAAACCUAAACACAGUGGCAUCAGCACCGUAGUGUGAUGCUCCAGAGAGGAGGAGCGAGGAGGGGACUUACCGAAGGAGGGACAAUUGCUUACACCAAAGGGACUGACAGCAUAACUCUAUGGCCUGUCCACUGUGUUUUACCGCUGCUGUGAUGGAAACCAGUCACACGCAGUCUCCUUUUUCACCUCCAGGUCCAACUAAUAUGCAGGAUGGAAAUCGGACUCAAAUCUUCCACCAGGGGCCUUUACUAGUUUGCCUGAUCAUGGGCCUGGCCCCAUCAGGGUUUUUGUGGGGGUGGGUUCUGUACAGGAAGAUUCUCUAUGUUUUCCACACACACAAACACACACAACGCCCGGCCGUGACGGCUGACGAGAAAAUGUUUUCUCACCGAGCCGCUCCCCACUGCUUCAUCCUCCUCAAUAAGCCUGUCUUACCUUCACAUAAUCAGGAGGAAAGACGACCUGAGACGAGAACAUGGCUGACUGUUUUCUCCGUCACAACGAAAGGCGUAAUUUCUUGUGCACAGCCUUUUCCUGGAAGUCGACUUUCAACUCUUUUGGUUCGCAGCUCCUCCCAUCAUAUGAAUGCAAUUUGUCGUCGCCUCCCGUAGAGCUCAUAUGUAGUGAAGAACUUAGCUAUAAUCAUUUCACACUAACUUAAAUCAAAGGACAGGUAAACAAACUGAGUCGACCGUCUCAGUCAUUGUAGUUCUAGUGCUGUAUUUACUGUAGAUGACAGCUAUAUGUGUUGUCUCCUAGCUCUCAUAAAUAAAUGUGCCAAUUAUUAAUGCAUAAUCUAUUUAGUCAAGACUUCAUGUACAGUAUAUUGUGCGUAAAGUAAUUUGUAAGAUUAUACUUACAAUUAUUAUUAUCAGCAAAAAUGAAUUUUAUCAGUAUUAUACUGACUCUGUGGUAACAGGAUGUAGAUCUGAAAGGAGUGAACUCCCCUUCAGUCCGGCCUAUAAUCUAUUCUGGAUAUGUUUUGCCUUUUAGAGCGGAUCAGAAGGAGCCUCUGGGUGGCAGCUGUUGCAUAUGGGCCUCAAAACGCUGUGCCGUCACAGCUGAAGCCUCAAAGCAGACUUCUCCUGUCGGCGGAUGAUAAACUGGGUCGGUCGGUUGUUCUAAUCUCAGUUUACGUCUCGUACUGUGGCUGCUUUAACUGUAGAAAGUGACGAGUGAAAAGACAUUUUAAAUACAGCAGGAGGCUCAGAUUGAUUGUUACAAAUGGACCCACAGAGCGCGUCAAACACGUAAAGUCUGUUGCCUUUAAAAUAUGCAACAGCUGCUCUCUUGACUCUUAAAAUAAAAAAAACACUUCUCUUCUUUUUGCCUUGUUUAGUGCAUUUUUUUAUUCGCCAACAAGGUGAGUAAAUAAAAUCAGUUCUUACAUAGUGAAGUAUUUUUUUCAUCUUUUUUUUCUAUCGUACGUGCAAUAUCUUUGUACUGAUUUUGUACAUUAAGAACAAGCAAGGUGUCCCUCCAAUUUGUUUUUUCUUUUCAUGUUGCGUCAUUAUUUAUUUAUUUCCUUUUUUUUUGUUGUUUUCGACCCCUGUCAGAGUCUUUCUCGGUAAAUUAAUGUGUGGCUGUCCUCGUGGUCGUAUGAGAGGCACAGACUCGGAGUUCAGUGGAAUGUCUAGUAAGUGAUUUUUGCAUGUAAUGUUAUUAAUGUGAGGCUAUCCUCUGCACAUUGUAUAACAAAUCAGUGUUACCAUAGCAAGUUUAAGUGCAAUCAUGUUCGGAAAAGCGCAGACUUGUACUCAAAGAGGAAGUCUGUUAUUUUGUUGACCAGGAUGAGAUUCAGGUGAAAAAAAAAACAACUUUUUUUUCCAUUUAAGAAUAUAUAAAUACUUACUUACACAGUUCACAGUGGAAAGAGGAAUGUGUGUAUAUAUUUUAAUAAAAAGGAAUAUGCUUCUC